ACAGUUCAUAGUACAGGUUGUCCUCGUUCAGCAGCAUGAUUCUGAAGCGCACACACCUUCGUGUACUUUAUUGUUUGUAAUCCACUGAUCAACAUGCAGGUGCAGUCAACGCUACUCUUCAGAAGGAUGUCUGUUGCAAAGUCGCUGUUACUUGCCAUCCCCGUGCUAUGGAUGCUAAAGCGAAUAUUCCUGCCUUACCUGUGGCAAGACCUUAAGUUCUUCUACAGAGCUGCCGGCUAUGCGAAGAAGAUCGAACAAGCACUCAAAAAAUGCCCCUCGUUUAGCAUGCUGGAUAUGUUUCAGAAACAAGUUGCCACUAGACCUGACCAGCCAUUCAUUUUAUACCAAGACCAAUCGUAUACCUACAAGGAGAUAGACCUUAAAAGCAAUCAGGCAGCAUGGGCUCUGAGGGAGCAUGCAAAGCUGAAAACAGGAGAUUGUGUUGCUCUCUUCCUUGGUAAUGAACCUGCUUAUAUCUGGAUUUGGCUAGCACUGGCCAAAUUAGGUUGCCCCAUGGCAUGUUUAAACUACAAUAUACGGUCUAAGUCCUUCCUUCAUUGCUUCAAGUGCAGCGGAGCUAAAGUGAUCAUCGCUGCUCCAGAACUGAGGAGUGCUGUGGAAGACCUUCUGCCAGCCCUGGCAGAACAAGAGGUGCUGGUCUUCUAUCUGAGCAGAGAAUCGCCCACCACAGGAGUAUACAGUCUGCUGGACAAAGUGGAAGCCGCCUCUCAGGAACCCAUCCCCAGCUCCUUCAGGUCAGGUCAUAAUGCAAAGACCCCAGCUCUUUACAUCUACACCUCGGGAACUACAGGUCUCCCCAAGGCUGCGGUGAUAAAUCAAGGACGUUUGCUGAUCAGCUCAUCUAUAAGUACGCUGUCUGGAAUUACAUGCAAGGAUACGGUGUACAUUCCACUGCCUCUCUAUCACAGUGCUGGACUUAUGAUUGGGGUCCGUGGAUGCAUUCAAUAUGGAGCCACCUGUGUAAUAAGGAAUAAAUUCUCAGCAAGCCAGUUCUGGGAUGACUGCAGGAAAUACAAUGUCACUGCCAUCCAGUAUAUUGGAGAAAUUCUGCGAUACUUAUGCAACACUCCAAAGAAAGACAACGACAAGGAUCACUGCGUCCGAAUUGCUGUGGGAAAUGGUGUCAGGGCCGAUGUCUGGAAAGAGUUUAUCGAUCGUUUUGGUCCCAUCAAAAUGUAUGAAUUCUACGCAGCAACAGAGGGCAACAGUUUCUUUUUCAACUACACAGGGAAAAUAGGAGCAACUGGAAGAAGCAAUCGCUUCUUGAAGGCUAUGAGGCCCUAUGAAAUGAUCAAGUAUGAUGUGGAAAAGGAUGAACCAGUAAGAGAUGCUUCAGGACGAUGCAUUAGAGUAGCUAAAGGAGAAACUGGACUGCUGAUUUCUCAAAUUACCGCUACAAACCCAUUCACUGGCUACGCAGGGGAUGCUUCUCUGACUGAGAAGAAGAGACUUCACAAUGUGUUUAAAAAGGGAGAUUUAUACUUUAACACUGGAGAUCUGAUGAUGGAGGAUAGAGAAGGCUUUUUGUUCUUUCAGGAUCGAGUAGGAGACACAUUUCGUUGGAAAGGUGAAAAUGUGGCGACCACAGAAGUGGCAGAUGUUGUAGGAAUGACGGAUUUCAUUGAGGAGGCCAAUGUAUAUGGCAUUCCGGUGCCUUAUCACGAAGGGAGAAUUGGAAUGGCAGCAAUUAAACUGAAGGAUGGACAGCCAUUUGAUGGAGAAAAACUAUAUGCCAAAGUGGUGGAUUUUUUACCUAAUUAUGCCAGACCUCGAUUUGUGAGAAUACAGGACACCAUUGACGUUACCGGGACCUACAAGCAACGCAAGGUAGAACUGGUCAAAGAAGGCUUCAACCCGCUCAUCAUAAAAGACCCUUUGUACUUCUUGGAUGAAAAAAAUAAAAUAUACACGCCAAUGACCCAGCAGAUCUACAAUGCCAUCUUGGAAAAAACACUCAGAUUAUAAGAUCUGUGGUUAGCAGUGCAAAUCUCAAUUUGAGCAUUAUUACAGCUCAUCACUACAGGAAAGGACUGUCUAUGUAUUUCAAUGGAUCUUGGUAUUUUAGCUGACUAAUCAAAUCAUUUCAAUAAAAAUAACUUGAAUUAC